UAAAAGACAUUCUUUGGCGGUGGAUUAGUGUGGAGCUACCACGCAAGAGGAACGAGGCGAGGGUCGAAGACAUUGAAAGGGCACCCGGCGUCAGGAGCAAGAAAAGACCGUUCCUCUCCGGUCAUGAGCGGUCUAGUGCGGACGGAGCCGCUGCGUGGGGAGCCCCCUCUGCGGGUGCCUGGAGACCCCUACUCCGUGGUGGUUCUACUGCAGGGCUAUGUGGAGCCCGAGGGAGUUGGUGAAGCUGUGCGCGCCGAUGGCUCUGUGACUCUUAUUCUGCCUCGGGCCUGGGGCCCGGCCCCCAGUCACCGAGAGCCCCCGCCUGAUGGCGGCGAGGCGAAGACCACCCUGGAGGAGGCAGCCCGUGGUCCCAUCCUCGUGGAUACUGGAGGCCCCUGGGCUCGGGAGGCGCUCCUCGGGGCCCUGGCAGGGCAGGGCGUGGACCCCGCAGACGUCACUUUGGUGGUGGGCACCCACGGACACUCAGAUCAUAUCGGGAACCUGGGGCUGUUUCCGGGGGCGGCCCUGUUGGUCUCACACGACUUCUGCCUCCCGGGGGGCCGCUACCUUCCCCACGGGCUGGGUGAGGAGCGGCCCCUGCGGCUGGGGCCCGGACUCGAGGUGUGGGCUACGCCGGGCCAUGGGGGCCAGCGGGAUGUGAGCGUGGUCGUGGCGGGUACGACUCUGGGCACCGUAGUGGUGGUGGGUGAUGUGUUUGAACGUAAUGGGGACGAGGAUUCGUGGCAGGCCCUGAGUGAAGACCCGGUGGCUCAGGAACGGAGCCGGAAGAGGGUCCUAGGCACUGCCGACGUGGUCAUUCCUGGUCAUGGAGGCCCCUUCAGGGUGGUCAGGGAAGGCUGGGAUCCAGAAACAAAGGGUCCAGGGAAGAACCAGCAGAGUCCCAUGGUCGGAAACGAGGAUCCCACGAUGCACUGAUAGGCCCUGCGAGAGACAGGACCCUCCAAUUCCCUAGCCAAGGCACUCACGUCUACGAUACGGAGGAAGGACCCAGUCAGCCCGAGUCAGGAGGCUGAUUUUCCAGCGAGGAUAGAGUGCUUUCCCGAAACUAGGACCAAGGACUGAAUCAGCUGUGUGCCACCUCUGGGGUCUUCAUUAAUAAAAUGGGAGAAUGUUCUUGGGAGGGUUGUCCCAAAUAAAAAUAGGAAACUACACUGAACAUCAUACUGCCCUAAUAUAAAUGUGAAGCAUUAAUAGUGACAGUCAUGCAGAUGUAAUCAACAGCAGAGGGGGACACUUUUUGGCCAAUUGCCUAUUUUUUAUGGGAUGUAGUUUGUUGAGAAAAGGUGUAUUGCAGAGGUAACACCAUAGUCAUCUGACUUUAUUCAUUUAUUAAUUCAUUCAAUAAAUACUUUAAUUCCUGCAAUGUCUCAAGCACUGCUCUAGGUUACUGGGCUACAACUGUGAGCAAGUUAGAUAAACUCCCUGUUCCUUUUGGAUUCUAUUGAGACAAGUAAACAACAACAACAGUAAUAGUAGUAAACCAAAUAACUCCAGGUUGUGGUUAGUGAUGUGAGAAAAGAGGCUGAGAAGGGAACAGAGUGCUGGGAUUGGAGGGUGGUCAGGGAGGAAAUGUUUGAUCAGAGAACUGAAUGAGGAGAAAGCUGGCCAUAUGAGGAUCUGGGAGAGGGGUAUUCCAGGCACUGGGUUAAUAGAUAUAAAGGAUGCUGUUGGGCAGGGCUAGGCUGGAGGUCAUUUCCCAGGUGUCCAUAAAGGCCACAUAGAGGUCUGCAAAGGCAAUUUGGAGGAGCAGGUUCACCUAGAGAAUGAAUCAUCCUCUGCCAUACACGCACUUCUAGUAGUGCUGACCAACUUGAGGAAUGCAAGAGUGCAACCACAGCUGUCCAGAUCCCUGCCAGUCAUCAGAUAAAGAUCGACGUAGGGAAGGUGGUAAAG